AGACUAGCCUUCAACAUGUUGCUCAACACAAAUUCGGCUCUGGGGAGCUAUUACAUGGUCGGAAGAGAAUACCUAAGUGCUACAGUUGAUACAGCAUCUGACGAUGAUGCUAUUGCAAUCCUUGAAUAUAAUGGCAACUAUACCACUUCAGAAGCUCCUUUAUUUCCCGAACAGGUUCCCGAUUCCUUAUCCCAAGCACCAGCAUUCAACUUCUACAGAAAAAUCAGAAGCUUAGCCACCCCAGAGUAUCCUAUAAGUGUCCCAAAAGAGAGUGAUAUCACUACCAAAAUGUACAUAACAGCUUCCGCCAACGCUCUUUACUGUACUCCAGAUUUAGGUCCCACAUGCGUCAAUAUAUCUUUUGCCGCAAGCGUCAAUAAUAUUAGUUGGGUCAAUCCGAGGGAAUCUAUCUUGCAAGCCUACUACAACAACAUAAGCGAGCCGGUUUAUGAAACAGAUUUCCCAGAUGAACCGCCUGUUUAUUUUAACUUCACUGCAAUAGCGAUGACACUAGAUCCAGUGUUAACAGUUCAAGGGACAAAGGUCAAGGUGCUAGAAUAUAAUGAAACAGUUGAGAUGGGGUUUCAAGGAACUGAUGUGAUGGGAGGUUCCGUGAAUCAUCCAAUGCACCUGCAUGGACAUAGCUUUUAUGUGCUUGGUUUUGGUUUUGGGAAUUACUUCGCCGAGAGGGACUCAAAAACCUUCAAUUUGAUUGAUCCUCCUUAUGUAGCAACGUUCAUAACUCCAAAAAAUGGAUGGGUAGCUCUCAGAUUCGUAGCGAAUAAUCCAGGUGUAUGGUUUUGGCAUUGUCAUAUGGAGAGACACUUGACAUGGGGUAUGGAGUCUGCUUUUAUAGUGAAGAACGGGGGCACACCUGAGACUACUAUGCUCCCCCCUCCGGCUACAAUGCCUUUGCAUGGCAGCUACCAGCUAUUCGCUGUAAGAAAGUAG